AUGGAAUUGAUUCAAGGGUUUAUGCAGCAGCCUAAGGUACAGACCGCAGAAGAGACUAUCCCUACAUUAUGUGAUAGAGUUGAAAAUUCAACGUUGAUAGGAGAUAGAAGAUCUGCUGUCCUAGGGCUGAAAGCUUUCAGUAGGCAAUAUAGAGAAUCUGUUGUUGCAUCAGGUUUGAAACCAUUAUUGAAUACAUUAAAGAGAGAUCACAUUGAUGAUGAUAUGGUUAGAGCCAUUCUAGAGACACUGUUAAUUUUAUUUAUUAGAGGUGAUGGUGAUCAAGAUUUGACUAGAGAUUGGAUAUCCAGACAAUCGAGAUUGCAAAAUGGUAAAUAUCCUUCUCCAUUGGUGAUGAAACAAGAAGAUGAGUCUGUAGAUCAAUUCUCAUUAUGGAUAGCAGAUGCAUUAAUUCAAUCGAAUGAACUUAUUCAUUUAAUUAUUGGCUUUCUAGAGACAGAAAACUUUCACAUUAGACUUUACGCUAUUCAGAUUUUAGAAGCCAUUUUAUCAACAAGACCUGAUAGAGCAAGAAAUGCUAUUACAUCCCUACCAACAAGUAUAUCCACAAUAGUUAGUUUACUUGACGAUAUACAUGAGCCUGUAAGAGAUGAAUCUAUAUUAUUAUUAAUGACUAUAGUGAAUGAUUCGCCUCAUGUUCAAAAGCUUGUUGCUUUUGAAAAUAUAUUCGAGAGAUUAUUUGCCAUUAUCGAAGAAGAAGGAAGUCUGAGAGGUUCACUUGUGGUCAAUGAUUGUUUGUCAUUGAUUAAUAAUAUCUUAAAUUAUAACACCUCUAACCAAACACUAUUUUUGGAGACAGGUAAUUUGCCUAAGUUAGCUCAUAUAUUGAACCAACCGUUAACUAGGGAUGAAGAUUCAGUUUCUGAGGAUUUCUUUUGGAAUGAUCAAAGAAUCAUAAACAUGAAUACAUGCCUGGACAUUGUAUCAUUAACUGUCGAACAAGGUAAUUCCGUGACAAAAAAACAUCAAGAUACUUUACUCAACUCAAACAUAUUAAUGAUUGUGUUACGUCUUGCAUUUUAUCAUAAUAUCCCCAAAAAAGUUCGUCCAAUAGCUCUAUUUACUGCAGCUGAUAUGAUAAGAAAUAAUGAUGUUUGCCAGAUAGAAUUUGGCAAAAUCGAUGUUCCUUAUUUCGAUCCAUCUCUUAAUAGUUCUAACGUAAUAGAGAAUGUACCAUCAAUCCAAGUUAUUAACGUUUUAGUAAAUUGGAUUUUAUACGCCAAUUCAAUUUAUACGUUUGACAUCAGAAUGGCAUCGUUGGAGUUAGUAAAAGCAUAUUUCAGCAAAAAUUAUGAGUUACAAAAACAAUUUAUAGAACAACAAAUCGCCGGUUAUAAUAGUACCUUUAAUGAAGAUUCUCAAGACGAUACUAAUGAUGAGGUUGUUCAAGAAACAAAUACUAAUGGUAUUGUACCAGAAGAUACUGGAGACAACAGAAACUCGAUGGGUGAGAAAAUCAACUACAAUAUAUUGGAAAUCCUUUUAAGUUUCGACAUGGACUUAGGAUUAAACCCUUAUAAGUUAUAUUUUUCCACAGAUAUCCUGACAUUUUUAUUUACAGAUAUUGAGGAAAAUACAGGGAAAGAUGAACAAAAAAUUUCGAUCGCAGAAAUUGUACGUACGAUGAAAGUAGGAUCUCAUAUAGAUGACGAAGAACCACUGUCUGUAAUCGGAACAAUAGGUGAACUUCUACUAACUUCACUGACAGGUGGUCACAUUCGGAUCCCAAUAUCCUAUAUUACAUUUUUAAUUACUUGGCUUUAUGGAAAUUUUGCUGCAGUUGACGAUUUUUUAUCAACAAGCACCACAGUUCAUUCCCUACUCGCCUUUUGUUACCAAAUCAAUGAGGAAGAUAUAACUAUAAAAUGCUUAGUGAGUAUGUUACUUGGUGUUGCAUAUGAAUUUAGUUCAAAAAAGUCACCAAUAGCAAGAGAGGAUUACUACGAAUUUUUAACCAGAAGACUAGGCCAAGAUAACUAUCAGUCCCGAAUCAGACAAUUUAAGGAGAACUCUUUAUUUUCAAGAAAUAAUGUUCAAUUCGAUAUCUUUAAUCCACCUUUAGAUGAUACUGGCCUACCAAAAUUAUACUUCACACUAUAUUUUGUCAACUUAUUUAAUGAUAACUAUUAUAGAAUUAGAACGGCACUGUCACAUAGUCCGAAGGAAGAGUCAUAUCAAUCCAUUACGUUUGAAUCAUUUGAAGAAUUGCAAGGAAAAUGUACAGACCUUAAAGAAGAAUUAACUAAGGCUAACCAAGAUAAUGAGAAAACAAUAACAGACAUGAAAAACCAACUCAAUGCCUUAAAUGAUACACAUUCUGAAACAUCUGGUGAAUAUGAAAAAUUGAAAAAUGAUUACAGCAAUGUUAAAGAAAGGUUUACUACUAUCGAAUCUCAAUUAGACAAAACUACUAAGAAAUUUGAACAAUUAACUAAUGAAAAAGAGAAUCUAGAAAAAAUAAAGUUGGAGAAUAAUUCUCAGAUUGAAGAUAACCAAGUUACCAUAGAGGAACUCAAAGGAAAAAUGGAAAAGUUGAAUGAAAAUCUAGUAGAUAUUGCUUCUAAAAAAUCAAAAGCAGAAGAAGGUAUUAAUAAAAUGAGUAAAGAAUUAUUUCAAUUAACGAAAGAAAAGAAAACUCUUGAAGAUCAGUUGAAAAAAAACGAAAAGAACUUCACAAAACAGAUAGGUGAUCUUUCAAAAAAACAAGCCUUGUUGGAGAAAACAAUGUCUGAGAAAGAGUCCAUAAUCAUCUCACUUAAUAAUAAUGUUAGUAGCAUGGAGGGUGUAUUGAAGAAGCUUGAAACUGAGAAGUCUGACACAGAAAAACAGGUAGAAGAAUGGAAAAGAAAGUUUAAUAGUCACGAUAUACUGGUUGUAAAGUUGACUGAUAAACUGAAGUCGCUUGCAUCAAACUAUAAAGAAAUUCAAGCUGAUAGAGAAAAUUUGCAGAAGAAAAUCGGUGAAAUCGAAUCUGAAUUUACUGCUAAAUUUCAAAAGGUGCAAACUUCAUUAGAUAACAAAGAAAAAGAAAAUCAGUCGAUUAUCGAUGAGAGGGAUAUUCUUGUGCAGCAAUUAUCCGAAUUAGAAAAUGAAUAUGAAGAGGCUAAACAAACUGACGCUGAUGAACUUGAAAAAUUAUCGAUAGAAAAGGAAUCUUUAACUAGUAAGAUGGUAAAUUUAAAAUCGUCUAUUGAAGACCUGAAAAGCAAAUUAACAUCCUCAAGCCAAAACAAUACAGAUCUACAAAAUGAAAAAACCAACUUACAAGCUCAAUUGAAGGAUGAGUAUACCCUGAAGGACCAAGUUUCGCUUGAUAUCAAGCAAAAGGAUGCUGAAAUUGAAAAAUUACGUGAAGGUAUUUCAAAACAAAACUCCGAACACAGCUCUCUGCAGAAACUCAAUAAUGAUCUACAUAAAGAAUUCGAUCUGGUGAAAGAACAAAUCGUGAAGAAAAACAUAGAAAUUCAAAAACAAUUAAAAAAAAUUGACGGCCUUCAAAAUUUACUCUCCAAUAAUCAAGAAAAUAUAAAAUCAAAAGAAUUGGCCUUAGCUGCUCUCAGGACUUCAUUGGAAUCUGACACGGCAAAAUAUAAAACAACUAUAACAAAUUUAGAAGAAUCUCUGAAGAGCACCUCAUUGUCACAAGAUUUAUUCAAGAAAAGAAUAGAAAAUGAAAAACAGGAAUUGCAAUCACAAGUGGAUACUUUAUCAGGUGAGAAAGGUGAAUUGGAGACUUCUCGGAAUGAACUAAUUGCACAAAUUUCGGACAUGAAAGAUAAACUAACAGACAUGCAAACAAAAUCUGAUUUUAAAAAUGAACAAAACCAAGAUAAAUUGAAGGAGGUUCGAUUAAAAUUAGAGCAGGCACAAAAAGACAUAGAUAAUGCAAAUAUAAAAGCUGUAGAAGAGAAAGAAAAGACAGGAAAAUAUGCGAAUGAAUUGCAACAAGAGUUAAAAAAGUCCAAAUUGAAAAUAAGUAAUUUAGAGUCCGAAAUAUCAUCUCUGAAAGAAGAGUUAACAAAAAAUGUGGAGGAUUUAAAAGAGAAACUGCAACAAAGUGAAAUCCAUAUUACAGAGCUAGAGACUAAUUUAGAAAAUCAAAAAGAUGAAUCUUCCAAACAAUUAACGGAAUCUUCCCAGAACAUUUUAUCCCUAGAAAAAGAAAAGAAGAAGUUAAUCCGUGACCUUUCUGAGGAAAAAGAGAAACUUGUUGAACAGACUAAAUCAUCAGAACGUACACUGAAAGAUUCUACAUUAGAAAUGCAGCAAUCAAUUGAUCGAUUGACAACCAAAAAUGCCUCUUUAGUCAAGGAAAUACAGCAAACUCAAAAAGAAUUCGAGAAGUCACAAAAUUCUAUCAAUGAGAUUAAUUUAGCCAACUCAAAAUUACAGGAUAAAAAUAUAUCAAAAUUAGCAGAACGCCAAAAGGAGAUCACUGCCUUAAAUGCGAAAGUAGAUGCUCAAAUAAAAAAAGCUAUGGACGACCAAAUUAAAUUCAAGACUAAUUUGGAAGAGUUGCAGGAGAAAUUGUUGGUUGCUGAAGGAACACUUGAGAGGAAGGACUCAGAGGUGAGCAAUCUAACAACAAAGUUGGAUGACGUAGAGACAAAAUAUCAGGAUUCUACUAGAGAAAAGAAUGAAAUGAUCGAAAAAAUCGAAAAAGCCAACAUCCUAAUUCGGGAACAAAAGGAACAACUACAAUCAUUGAAUUCUAAUAUCCAGUCACUGACUAUAAACUCUGAAAAAUUCCAGAAAGAACUUCAAAAAGUAAAGGAUGCUUCUUCAAAGGCCGCCUUACAACAUACUAAGGAACUCGAUAAAUUAAAGCAGGAAUUGCGUUUAAAGACUGAAGAAUUUGACAAAGAAAGAAAACUCUUGAAUGAAGGGUCGUCCACCAUUACUCAGGAAUAUUCUUUUAAAGUAACCGAACUAGAAAAUGAGUUAUUAAAAAUUUCUAAUGAUUCAACAGAGAGGGAAAAGAUCACGGACCAAUUGAGAUCUGAAUUAGAGAUAUCUAAAAAUGAACAUAAAUCUGAACUGCAGACAGUAAAAUCAAGUUUAGAUGAAACCAAUCUCACUCUGGAAACAAGCAGUGUAAAACUUAGGGAAGCAGAGACCAAAUUGGAAUCUAUCAAAAAAGAAAGUAAAAUUAAGACUGAUAAAUUGCAAGACACUUUAAAACUAACCCAAGGAAAAUUAAUGAAUAAAGAUGUCACUAUCAAGGAAUUGAAAAAGUCCAAUUUAGAGCUUACUCAGGUGUCCUUGGAUGCUUCAAGCGCUAGGACAGUUGAGAUUGAAGCUUUACAAGUCCAAUUACAAAAUAAGGAAUCAGAGAUAUUAGAAACCAAAAUGAAAAACGAAGAACGUAUAGAGGAGACUCAGAAUACUAUUAAAACAUUAAACAAAAAGUUAAAGGAGACUCAAUCGAACUUAACAACAACAACGAAUACCUUAAGUGAAAUGGAAAAAAGUGGUAGUGAAGAAUCCAAGAUUUUAUCUGAGAAACUGAAAUCAGCUGAUAAGCAGAUAUUAGAAAUUAGAGAAAAAUUAAAGACAGCCGAUGAAGAAGUUAAUGCCAUCAAGAAAUCCACCAAGGAAAAAUCCCAAAAGGAUUCAGGAAAAAUUUUAGAAAUGAGUAAGACAAUUGAUGAUUUAAAUGGGAACCUCUCUUCAAAGUUAAAGAUUGUAGCUGGUCUAGAGUUACAAAAAGAAAAUUCAGAAAAGAAGCAUGUAGAAGCUAUUUCUGCCUUGAAUGAUAAAUUCACAAAUUUGGAGAAUGAUUUCAAGAAAAAAACAAUUGAAUAUGGUAAUGUAGCUGCAGGAGAUAAGAAACAAAUAGUAGAUCUUCUGUCUUCUAAUGAGGAAUUGGAGAGUACUAGUCAACAAUUGAGAACAGAGGUCGAAAAUCUACAUAAGGAUGUAGAAAAGGCAACAGAAUUAUCAAAAAAUAACAUUGAAAAGGAUAAUAUCAUAAUCGAUUUGAAGAAGAAACUAUCUGAAAAAGAUACUAAAUUGGCAGAAGAAAAAGUUUCAAAUAAAAAUUUGUGUACAGAAAUGGAAUCUCUCCAAAAGAAUAAUGACAAGUUAAAGAUCAUCCAAGAACAGUUAGAAUCAUCUUCUCAAAAUAUUUCCAGAUUACAAAAGGAAAAUGACAAAUUAAAAGCUACCGAUAAGUUUUCGAAUGAACUUAAAUCAAAAGUUGAUACUCUUGAAUCAGAAAACUCGACUCUAACAAAAUACAAGAGUGAGACUGAAACCAUUAAAAUAGACUUUUCUGAACUGAAGAAAAAAUCAGAAAAUUCAGAAAACGAAUUGAAGGUUCUUAAAGAAAAGUUAAGCAAACUUAAUGGUCAAUUAGAAGAUUCAAAAUUUUUACAAAAACAAAAUAAUGCUCUGCAAGAUUCCAUUAAGGAAAUGGAAACUACUCAAUCAGAGGUAUUGAAAUUCAAAGAAAAUUAUUUAGAGUGCAAUAAAAAGGUAUCGAAACUUGAAAUGGAGAAUAAGGAUCUACUCAAAGGACAGACUCAGUCAAUUGAAAGCGCUAAAACCAUAUCAAAAUUGGAAUCUGAAAAGAAAGGUUUCGUUUCUGAAAUUUCUACGCUAACAAAUAACGUCUCUACAAUGAAAACAAAAAUUGAGGAACAAGCUGCUGAGAUUAAAAAUUUCGAAAGUACUCUAAAAACUAAUAAAAACUCACAAAAGACAGAUAUCGAGAAACUUCAGGAGAGAGUUAAGUUGUUAGAGGCCGAAAAUAUAACUCUGAAGGAAAAGGAGAGCGACAAAAGUGAAAUGGAUGAAUUGAUGCUUCUUGUUACAGAACUAGACGAGAAAAAUACUAAGUAUAAAGAGAGAUUAGAAAAUCUUGGCCAGGAGAUUUCAUCCGAUGAGGAUGAUGAGAGUGAUGAAGAAUAG